UCCUCAGCAGAUGGGUGUCGGUAUCAUCUAUUAGCCAGCAGGAUGGACAGCACGUCCUUAAAUUCCCAGGGGGAGCUGGCAGUGUGUAAGGAUGGAGAAGACUGUCAGGAAAAUGGAGCUCUACGGAAGGGUGUCCCCGCCCCUGGGGAAAAGGUGGAGUCCAGCCAGAUCGCCAAUGGGUACUCAGCGGUUCCGAGCCCCAGUGCGGGAGAUGACACUCAGCACUCCAUCCCGGCUGCCACCACCGCCCUAGUGGCUGAGGCGCACCAAGGGGAACGGGAGACCUGGGGCAAGAAGGUGGAUUUUCUCCUGUCGGUCAUUGGCUACGCUGUGGACCUGGGCAAUGUCUGGCGCUUUCCCUACGUAUGCUACCAGAAUGGAGGGGGGGCAUUCCUUAUCCCUUACACCAUCAUGGCCAUUUUUGGGGGGAUCCCUCUCUUCUACAUGGAGCUUGCGCUGGGCCAGUACCACCGAAAUGGAUGUAUUUCAAUAUGGAGGAAAAUCUGCCCAAUUUUCAAAGGGCUGGGCUACACCACCUGCAUCAUUGCCUUAUACACCGCCUUCUACUACAACACCAUCAUGGCCUGGGCCAUCUACUACCUCAUCUCCUCCUUCACUGCCCCGCUGCCCUGGACCAGCUGCAGGAACUCCUGGAACACUGGCAACUGCACCAACUACUUCUCGGAGGACAACAUCACCUGGACACUCUACUCCACGUCCCCUGCCGAGGAAUUUUACACGCGGCACAUCCUGCAGAUCCACCGGUCUACAGGACUCCAGGACCUGGGGGGCAUCAGCUGGCAGCUGGUCCUCUGCAUCAUGCUGGUCUUCGCUGUUAUCUACUUUAGCAUCUGGAAAGGAGUCAAAACAUCUGGCAAGGUGGUAUGGGUGACAGCCACCUUCCCUUAUGUCAUCCUUUUGGUCCUGCUGGUGAGGGGGGCCACCCUCCCUGGAGCCUGGAGGGGUGUUCUCUUCUACUUGAAACCCAACUGGCAGAAACUCCUGGAGACAGAGGUGUGGGUGGCUGCUGCCUCUCAGAUCUUCUUUUCUCUUGGUCCUGGCUUUGGGGUUCUACUGGCUUUUGCUAGCUACAACAAAUUCAACAACAACUGUUAUCAAGACGCCCUGGUGACCAGCGUGGUGAACUGCAUGACGAGCUUGCUUUCGGGAUUUGUCAUUUUCACGGUGCUUGGAUAUAUGGCUGAGAUGAGGAAGGAAGAUGUGUCCGAGGUGGCCAAAGAUGCAGGCCCCAGCCUCCUCUUCAUCGCAUAUGCAGAAGCUAUCGCCAACAUGCCGGUGUCCACGUUCUUCGCUAUCAUCUUCUUCUUGAUGUUAAUCACGCUGGGCUUGGAUAGCACCUUUGCAGGCUUGGAGGCAGUGGUCACAGCUGUGCUGGAUGAGUUUCCACACAUCUGGUCCAAGCGCCGGGAGUUGUUUGUGCUCGGUGUGGUCGUUACCUGCUUCUUCGGGUCCCUGCCCACCCUGACUUUUGGAGGGGCCUAUGUGGUGAAGCUGCUGGAGGAGUACGCCACGGGGCCCGCCGUGCUCACUGUCGCCCUGCUAGAAGCGGUUGCUGUGUAUUGGUUCUAUGGCAUCACUCAGUUCUGCAGCGAUGUGAAGGAGAUGCUGGGCUUCAGCCCUGGAUGGUUUUGGAGGAUCUGCUGGGUGGUGAUCAGCCCUGUGUUUCUCCUGUUUGUCAUUUUCAGUUUUUUGAUGACCCCACCACAGCUACGACUUUUCCAGUAUAAUUAUCCUUACUGGAGUGUCAUCCUGGGUUACUGCAUAGGAACCUCGUCUUUCAUCUGCAUCCCCACGUAUAUGACUUACCGGCUGAUCGUCACUCCAGGGACACUGAAGGAGCGUAUUGUUAAAAGUAUCACUCCAGAAAAACCAACAGAAAUUCCAUGGGGACAUCCGCUUGAAUGA